CGUCCCUGCGUGUGUUGUGUGUUGUGUGUGUGUGAGGAGGGAGGAGAGAGGGAGGCGGUGCUGUUGUUACUGCGCAUGGCAGGCUGUGAUCACCAGGCUGUUUGCUGGAGAGAAUAGAGGAAGAGAGCCAGAACCCUGACACUAAGGGUUAACAGCAGGAUUUUGGAGCAGGCUUCCUACAAGGACACACUGUCAGAGCAAAGCAUGCGCCUGUUGGUCAUUUCUCUCCAUCCGAUGAGUUACCUGAUUUGAAGAGAAUUCUUAAACGCCACACUUUCCUGUGUUGAUAUUCAAGCAAUGUAACCAUCAUAUAGAUUUGCUAUAAACCAAUUACAUCAGAUAAGAAUGACAAUGUGAAAGACACUGAGGUCCAAUUCCAGAUUAGCGUAAAAGUAGGGGGGUAUGACGUCACAUGUGCGCUGUACUCAUUCACCAUGGCCAAUUUUGAAAGUGCACAUUAGGAAAUGAUCAUUUGCAACAAGUGCUGAUAAGGUUUUGGACAAUGAGAGACUACAUUGGAAUGCUGCUGUGGAGUCACGUAUUCUAUAUUACUAGUAUAGAGGACAUGGAAAACAAUCCUACUCAUUGUGAUUUAAACAGAGAACCAACCUUUGUAUCCUCAGACCUCAUAAACAAGGGACAGACCUCUAAGACCAAUUCUUUGCUAUUAGACAGAGAGGUACAACAAAAGGAGACAAGUGACGCUGAGGAACUUGGACUACAGAAAUCAUUUGAUAAGAGCAUCAUUUUACAAAGGGACAAAACAUGCAAUGAUGGUCUAGCUGACCAGAAAACCAUUUGCAGGAAACCAGCUAUAGAACACACAAUUCCACAAGAUGUUGGUAGAGUGCUAGAAAAUAAAAUAAUUGAGAGCAGUUCAGGUCUGCAGUUUGUAAAUGUUUCUGUUGUAGAAAUGACAUUAUCCAACUCUGAUUCGAAUAGUGAGAACAUAGUAAGCAAAACGAUAACGUCUAACUCUGAUCUAAUUUCUGGUGUUUAUGAAGGAGGCAUGAAAAUUUGGGAGUGCACUUUUGAUCUUAUGAAAUAUUUAGAGGAAGAGGAUGUCGUUUUUAAGGGAAAAAGAGUUUUGGAUCUUGGCUGUGGAGCUGGUUUGUUAGGGAUUGUGGCUCUAAAGAGGAAAGCAAAAGAAGUACAUUUUCAAGACUACAACAGUACUGUAAUAGAAGAGAUAACCAUACCCAACAUAUUGGUGAACUGUGACAGUGAUGAUGUCAAUGAAAAUAUAGAAGAAAAACCUAGUGGAAAAAGGUAUAAGAAGUCAGGGAUGAAGGCUGGACUCUUAUUCAGUUGUCGCUUCUUCUCCGGGGACUGGUCACACUUUAGAAUCUUAAUGCAAAAUGAAAUGCCUCCCAUGCAAUAUGAUAUCAUUCUAACAUCAGAGACCAUAUAUAAUCCUUCUUAUUACAGUGCACUGCAUGAUAUAUUUCAACACUUACUGGCUCCUAAUGGGAUUGUGUAUCUGACUAGUAAGUCCCAUUACUUUGGUGUAGGAGGUGGUGUCCAUCUGUUUGAGACAUUUAUUAAAGAAGGCAAAUUAUUUCACAUUAACACACUUAACAUCCAUGAGGAUGGGCUUCAAAGAAUGUUGCUCAGUUUAUCCUUUAAAGACCACUUGUAAUGAGAAAUGUUUGUAUUUUGUUUGAUCAUUUUAAUAACUAUAUUGAAGUCUGUUACAUAAGUAUGGACAUGUCAUCAGAUUUACACAGACCUAACUAAUUUUUCUUUAUGAGCUAUAUUAUUUAUUGUUCUUGCUGUGAUUAUCGAUAGUAAAGUUUUGACAUUGAUUUGCCAUAA